UAGACACACGUCAGUCAUCAUGGAUGUCCAUGUACAUUUACCCUUAAAACCUAGAAAUAUAUAUCUCGAUCAAUCACAUGUCGAUUUAAUAAAUAAGUUCCAGGGUCUUAGGAAGACAGUAAUACAUCUUUAAAUUAUUGUGAUUGUAACAAGAUUUUGAAUUUUAUCAUUACUACGUUUCCACGGAAGUCUUCAAUCAUUUUAUCAACCACUUACAUCGGUGACUUAUCUCUAAGUGUCUGUACUAUACGAGUACAUUUAGUAUAAAAAGUCGAUUCGAAGAGAUUUUGAAUUUACUUCAGGCCAGGGACUAGAAAAAAAAAUCAUGAAGCUUUUUGUAGUUAUAUUUACCGUUUUGAUUCCUACCAUCUAUUGCCUCUCUGAUCAGGAAGAAUGGCAACAAUUCAAAACGCAACAUGGUAAAACCUACAGAAGCCUCCUUGAGGAAAAAAGACGUUUCGAUAUCUUCAAGUCCAACCUCCGAGUGAUAGAUGAACAUAACCAGAGGUUCAACAAUGGCGAGGAAACCUUCGAGAUGAGAAUUAACCAAUUUGGUGACUUGAGUCAGGAAGAAUUUCAUCAAAUGCUGAGCUUGCAGAAAGACCAAAUUCCGAGUCGCGGCGAUGACUUUGCAUUACUGGACGACAAUGAAGAUCUACCGAAAGAAGUAGAUUGGAAAGCAAGGGGCGCUGUCACCACAGUGAAGGAUCAAGGGCAUUGCGGAUCUUGUUGGGCAUUUAGUGCGGUAGGAGCUAUCGAAGCUCAAAUCUUCCUGAAGAAUGGCACACUAGAAUCUUUGAGUGCUCAAAAUCUCGUAGACUGUGCUAGAGGUAAGUACGUCAACGAGGGAUGUAAAGGAGGGUUGAUGGACUACGCUUUCGACUACGUAAAAGAUCAUGGAGUGCUCACAGAUAAAAAGUACCCGUACACAUCUGACACUGGCAUAGUGGGAAAAUGCAAGAAGCAAGGGGGAGUCAAGAUCAGCGGUUACAAGGAUAUCCCAGAAUGGGAUGAACAGGCUCUAGCAAAGGCUGUUGCGGUAAAAGGACCAGUCUCUGUGGGAGUGGACGCCUUGCACAUGCGUUUCUACUCUAAAGGAGUAAUAACCAAGAAAUCCGGUUGCAAAAGCAGACGUGAGAAUUUGAACCAUGGUGUUCUUGUGGUUGCAUACAGUGAAGAUUACUGGCUGGUAAAGAACAGCUGGGGAAAAACUUGGGGAGAAAAGGGAUACUUCAGGCUAAAGAGAAAUGACGGAAACACUUGUGGUGUUGCCACGAUAGCUUCUUAUCCCACUUUGGACUAGGAUUCUUUUUAUUCUUUAAACUAUUAUUCUUGAAAUAAACGUCUUUACUAGCUUUUUGA